CAGAGAUGAAGUAUAUGUAGUAGCUGUUCCUCUAAGGGCCACAAAUGGACCAGCCCAGUUGCUUAUGUCUGCUGCCUACUCUCUCAAUCUCUGGGAUUUACAGCAUUUUAUGGUUCUCAUCAAACCCUCCUCCCACUUCCUUCUUCUCAGAAAUGAGGCCUUGGUUUUUGACUUCCAACCUCAAGACCCUGAAAAUAUAUACGUGGCUCUUGAUGUUAUAUCCGGUAGAGCAGUACCAGGAAUUAUUCUUAUGAGAAAGUUGAAAAAUCUACCAACAAGGAAAUGCUGGUAUGUUGGAUCUUUGCCAAUGGAUGCGGUAGAUAUAGCAUGUAAUUUCAACAAAAGCUGGGAAACUGAUUUGAGGGUCGGUCAACAUGACUGUCGAGAUUAUACCAAUGGAUUGGUCGAGUACCUCACUGGCCAAAAAGAUGUCUUGGAGUGCUUGAGAAGCAGCACUAGUGGUCUGGGGUAACCAAUCAACUCGCGAGGCUAUUUUACAACAAACAAUGUUCUAUCAUUUUCUUCAAGGGUGUAUACCGAUCAAUGAUAUACCAUGUUCUUUCACAAGGAAUUUAUUUAACCGAACAAGGAGGAGGAUUUUGUUUCCCACCGAGGGUUGGUUUGACAUUAGUACAUUGGAAAGUAGCAGGACCGUCUUUUCCUUGGUAUCGGAUGUCUAUGUCAGUGACCUUCACAUCCUGACAUGGUACUGCCUUGCUGCAGAUAAGCUUCACUGCCCCCCUGGUAGUAGCUGUACCUUUUAUGUUCUUGAAACUGACGUUGCUAAUCUUGAUCUUGGAGGGGAUCUAGUAGAUCAAACAUACACCAUCAAAUUAAAGUAUUAGUAAUAUUCAUAAAGUUUGAACAUUAAGAAGUCAACAAUUGAUCAAAACGUAACUAGCUAGUAGUUUGAUAUAAUAUUGUAAGUACGUACUUGUGCUUUGCACUGGCUCCAUGGGCAGUAUGAUUGAUCUAUGAUGAUAGGAUUGUCGACAUUUUUCAUGAGGAGAUUCUCGAAAUGUAGAUCAGAGGCAGUGCCAGAAUAUGAAUUAGGCCAUGUCUUGAUUCUCACGCCAUUUUGUGUGUUUAUCAUUGUGCAAUCAAAAACUUUGACUCCAACCACAGGUUCUUCAUUCGUGUACUUGCCAAGACUUCCGAUGCUGAUUCCAUGGCCAGGUCCGCAAGUUACCCUUUGGACAAGUAUAUCCCGACUGCCAUCACCAAUGGAGAUACAAUCAUCACCAGUUGCAAUCUUUGUAUCGAGUAUUCUGAUUCCAGAUGAUCGCCCAAUAUGAAUUCCAUCAGUGUUGGGACUAUUUCCAGGUGCUAUGAUAUUUACGCGUUGGAAGGUAACAUUUUUGCAACCCAACAAAUUAAUGUGGAAUUGUUUGCUAUCCAAAGAUGUUAUGCCUUGAAUCAGUCCGUUGCUGAUGAAAUCAAACCUGAUAUUCUGUACAUGAUGAUCAAAGUAGAUUAUCAUGAA